AUGCCGUCCGCCCCGUGGCCUCCCGCUGCCGGGGCGCCGCCGCCGCCGCCGCCGCAGCCAGCGACGCAGGGCACGGUCUCCACCGUGGCGCCGGAGCGUGGACCCGUCGAGGGUUCCCGAUCUCCGCCCGCGAAGGAGGCGGAGGCCACGGCUCGGCUUCCGUCUGCGGACUACUACUCAGAGCUAAAUACCCUGGAGCAUGUAGAGAAAACCAAAAAAUAUCAGGGUAAGCUUGCAGCACGGUUGAAGGCCAAAUAUUUUUCCAACAGGACUUUUGAAAAAGGAUACGCAUUUGAAGAAAUUGCUAUAGGGUCCAAGACCAUCCGGCUAAGCAGGUGGCCAUUUACAAGGUUGUUUGCAGAUCCAGCAAAAUUUUGCCAAGAGAAGAGCUCAACUGAGAAGGACAUUUCUCCAUCUCUGGCUGGUGAAGCCAUGUCAAAUGAUUGA